UAAGGUCAUGUGUUUUUUUUCCUCAACCUCUUAAGCCCAUAUAGAGCCACUGCUGCAACAUCAUAUGGAGGUGGACAGUCCACUACAGAGACUUUAUGUAUCUGUGUUGACCCGCGUCACCGACUGAAAGUUUGAUUCCAGACAUGAAGCGCUCAGUUGCAUCUCAACUGCUGUGGGAAGAUGUAGUUUAUGUGGACGCCACCACAUACUCUAGAACUCUCCUCUGCCUGUCACUCCACGGAAGACAGAGAAGAGCUUGCAGUCGCCCACGGGAGAGAAAAGCCUCACGCUCGUGGACCAACGCCUUCCAACUAACAGUCACUAGUUUUGUCUCUAGGUGAUAAGUCCUUAACGGGGUCUGAAAAGUCGCUAAAUGUAGCGACAAAGUCAAUUGGAAGAACUGGGUUGCAGAACUGCUCGAAGAGGGAAAGCAAAUUUGAUUGGCUGGUAGCAUCACGUGAGGCGCUGCGCUGGCUAAAAGCUGAGAAGCGCUGGUGCCAACACCAACAGACAUGCAUGUCCAAUACUUUUAACCCGUUUGCAUUGACAGGGGGAUGAUACAUAUUUUUCCAGGAUAAGUUAACCGUUUCCAGGAUAUUUGACCUUUUUCUUAUUUUCCAUAUGUUUUCCAUGACUGGAAAAUUGGUCAAUCAUUUUCCAGGUUUUCCAGGACGCAUGGGAACCCUGCUGUUUACUGAAAGAUUGAUGCUAGAGAGGCUACACGUACGGGUCCGUAUCUGUAGACACUACGUUACUGAAACCCCAAGAAGAAAGAAGACCUCUUAAAGCACUGUUAAGCGGAUAUUCAAACCAAUAAAGCUCACUGAACAGAUGACAGCUUGGAAUUCUGACAGCACUUGAAUGGAGCACGUUUUUUUAAACGGAGACAUUUUCUCGAGCUCGAAACAAGACAGAACUGAGGUUUCCUGUGCUUUUUAUGACCUAUUCGUCUACCAAGAAGCAUUCAUCAGUAGCCCUACAGCUUCCGUACCAGCAGUGGAAACGGACUUCAGGACCAAACAUAAAAACAUAUUUAUGCAUUUUUUUCUGCAUCACCGGCUGAGUACAGAUGUUUUCCUGCAGCUACAGCUCAACAAAUCCCGAUUCUCAGUGAGGUGGUGUCUUCAGAUCAAGAAAAACUACAACUUUCAGCCUGACAAAAUGAUUUGGAGAAGAAAACUUUUGACGCCUGCAACGUUUUUGAUCAUCGUGAUGAAAGUCUUCACUGGUCACACUCUAACAUGUCAUCCAGCAGAAUAUCAGAUAGGGAAUGAAUGCUGUCCAAUGUGUCCUCCAGGAAGUCGAGUUGAAACUGAUUGUACAGAGUUCAGAUCCACAUCAUGUCUGCCCUGCCUUGAAGGAACGUACGUGGAUAAACCCACUGGGCAGAAAAAGUGUUUUGACUGCACUAACUGUGAUGAAGGUUUGGGUCUGAAGGUAAAGACAUCAUGUACAACAACAUCAAAUACAGUUUGUGAACCACUGGAGGGAUUCUACUGUAUUGAUCCAAGAGGGAACAACUGUGUAGCAGCACGUAAACACAGAAUCUGUCAUCCAGGACAAUACAUCAACCAAGCAGGAACAGCCUUCACAGACACUGUGUGCUCUGACUGCAGCGCUGGAACAUUUUCAGAUGGAACAUCUACAUCUUGUCGGCCACAUUUUCAAUGUGAAUCAAACCUUGAACUGAUAAAACCAGGAACUGCUUCUACUGAUGCUGAAUGCAGAGAAAAAAGUUCAAAUGUUGCAGUAGCUGUGACCAUCCCCUGUGUUUUACUUUUUUAUUAAUAUCUGCUGGAUUAAUUUAUUGGUUUCACUUCAGAAAGAAGAAAAUGUCUUUCAGAGAAGCAGAAAAAAACACAAAUCCAGUCAUUUUCAGUCAACCUUUGUUAGAAAAUGGAGAACUAUCACCGUCAGAGAUGGUUCCUAUGAGAACAUCACCAGACGAAAACCAUCUGCAGGACAACAAGUAGGACUCAGUGUCCUGCAGAGUAAAUGUGCUUCAGAGUCCAGUUUUAAUCCAUCUGGAUGCUGACACAUCGUCUUUGCAGUGUACUGAAGUAAAACAACAGUGAGCUGAGUUUCCUGGUUCCUGCUGGAUCGUUGUCUGAGUACAGAAAAGUUUCUCUGGAAAAGAACAGAUGGAAGAUAAAUUUAUCGACUCACUGACUCCAUUGAUCUUCUGCUCACAGUUGCAGCAACUUCAGACUGAAACUGGACUUUAAAUGAGGACAAACUGCUGGAACAGAAGAUAAUGGGUCCUUUUCUGCAGCAGGAUGGACUAAUGGCUGCCAUGAAGGGGAAGAUUUUCUGAACAACUGACUGUUUUAUGAAGCUGCACAGGUUGUAAAUUUAAACCAGUUUGUGGUCAACAGCACUGCAGUUGCAAUCUUUUUUUUUUCAUGUUUUUUCAGUUUCUGUUCCUCAGUUUCAUGCUGUCAGUUUCUCUUUCCAAUUGAGUAUACAUUCAGUUUGCUUUUUUCUGUAAAUAUUGUACAGAUUUCCAUCUGCAGAUGGAAAUUAGCUUAAAGCUAACUGUGGUGCAAUGCAUCAAAUGGAAACAUUUAUGUUUAAUAUUGUACAUGGUCCCUUUUUAAAUAAACUGAUAAUAAUAAAAAGAUUUACAUGAGCCAAUCUGCUUUUAUACACCUUU